AUGAAACCGAAAGCUAGAUUAGGUGAUAUCGAUAUCGAGCAAAUGCUCUCUGUUGCCGGUUGGGCAAUUAUUGGGCAUACAUGGUUCUUCUACAUUUCUAGCCUUCUCCCUAAUAACACUAUGAAAGGUCCUGUUAGAGGUAGACAGAGAUAUGCCGGUUUCGAAGCCGAGACACUCGGUUACAACCACAUGGGAACUGGCUUAGUGUUCAGGAACACAAAAUUAGAUCGCAAUGGCUCCAGAACAGAAUCUCUUGGUCAAAUUCUCCCUGGCAGAGCUCUCGUACCCGCGUUCGACGCUGUCGCAGACGACGCUAUCCGCCUUUACCACACCAAGCGGUCAAGGGACUACCAGUCUAUGCGAGCCGAGUAUGGCAUUCCGGUGCUAGUUGGCUUCAAAGCUAAGGUCGAGAAGUUGUCGUCGCAGCCAGCACUGGGACACCAGGAAAGGCACCCCACGGUUGCAGCUGGCGAUGUUCACAUGACCGACAGGGACGACAAUGAAGACGGUAUCCGCGCCAAGGGCUAG